AAAUAUUCAAAUGCCGCUAUCAGUGGCACGCGCAGGAACCCUUGGUCACGAUCGACUUAGGGCUCUCCAUUUCGAUUUCGAUCCUCUCUCCUCCAAGUCCUCUAGUCCGACCAAUCAAGCAAGAAGAUGAGCACCCACGCCGCCCCUCUUCCGAGAAGGAGCGGCCUCGCCUCCCGCCGCGCUCCGGCGGCGGUGAAGAAACCAGUUCCGUUUGAGAAUGACAGCACCACUUCCGCAGCCGCCGCCGAUACCCCCGUCGCCGCUGCAAACGGAAACGCCUCCAAGCCGAAUUCUGCCAGCCUAGCACCUGGGGAAAGGACUGUGAAGAAGCUGAGAUUAUCGAAAGCUUUGACUAUUCCGGAAGGAACCACUGUUUCCGACGCGUGCAGGAGGAUGGGGGUGCGUAGGGUCGAUUCUGUGCUCCUGACGGAUGCCAACGGACUUCUCUCUGGUAUUGUUACCGACAAGGAUAUUGCCACAAGGGUUAUAGCGGAGGGUUUGAGGCCGCAGCAGACACCUGCGUCAAAGAUAAUGACUAGAAACCCAAAUUUUGUAAUGUCUGAUACCCUUGCAAUUGAGGCUCUGCAAAAAAUGGUCCAAGGAAAAUUUAGGCAUCUUCCUGUAGUAGAAAAUGGUGAAGUUAUUGCCAUGCUGGAUAUUACAAAAUGCAUGUAUGAUGCUAUAUCAAAAAUGGAAAAAGCUGCUGAACAAGGUAGUGCUAUUGCAGCUGCAGUUGAGGGAGUCGAACGUCAAUGGGGAAACAACUUGUCAGCGCCUUAUGCUUUCAUUGAAACUCUCCGAGAAAGAAUGUUUAAGCCGACUCUAUCAACUAUUGUAACAGAACAUUCAAAAGUUGUAUUGGUAUCUCCCUCAGAUCCGGUCUCUGUUGCUACAAAAAAGAUGCGUGAGUUUCGAGUUAACUCUGUGAUUAUACCAACAGGAAGUGGUGUUCAUGGAAUUCUAACCUCCAAGGAUGUGCUUAUGCGAGUAGUUGCUCAAAAUCUUUCACCUGAACUGACUCCUGUUGAAAAGGUGAUGACGUUGAACCCUGAAUGUGCCACACUUGACACCACAAUUCUUGAUGCAUUGCACAUUAUGCAUGAUGGAAAGUUCUUACAUGUUCCAGUACUAGACUCAGAUGGCCACAUUGUUGCUUGUUUGGAUGUUCUGCAAUUAACACAUGCAGCCAUUUCCAUGGUUGAUGGAGGUGCUGAAGCUGCCAAUGACAUGGCAAAUACAAUGAUGCAGAACUUUUGGGAUUCUGCCCUUACCUUAGAGCCUUCAGAUGAAGAGUGUGAUACACAUAGUGAAUUUUCAUCAUUGAUAACAUCCGAGUAUACUGAAAGUGGGAAGUACAAGUAUCCCCCUCAUGCUGGAAACUCAUUUUCUUUCAAAGUUGAAGAUCAAAAGGGGCGUAUACACAGAUUUAGUUGUGACACUGAGAAUUUGGAUGCACUUGUAUCUUCUAUAAUGCAGAGGAUAGGGCAUGAUCAUGACACCGACAAAGUUCAACUUUUGUAUGAAGAUGAUGAAGGCGACAAGGUUCUUCUUACUACAGAUGAUGAUCUUGUAGCAGCUAUCAAUCAUGCCCGAUCAGAUGGACAGAAGGUUCUGAGGCUGCACAUUGAUGACCCAAAAAUGAAGAAGGAAGCUACAAAACUAGAUUUGGCAGAAGCCCAAAGAGGAAGCUUGGCGACUCUCCAACGGGGGAUUUUAACAGGAACUGUGGUGCUCGCCAGCGUUGGAAUUAUGGUUUACCUGAAACGAUCAAAUUCGUGACUUGUUUAGCUUUUAGCGCUAUGAAAAACAUUAACAAAGCGCCCUGACACAGACUUUUUGAGUGCCAUAAUUUAUAUGCCCAUGGCCAAGAUCCCUCCAAUUUUGAGCACACCCAUUGCACAUUUUUUUAGCUUAUUCGCUUAGUAGUAGCGAGAUCAAAGAGAAGUAUCAUUGUGAAAUGAUAUUGGUAUUGGUUUAGUAAUGAAAUAGGGAAUUUUCUGCUA